AGCACAGCACUGCGUGCAGCCAGGAUGAGAGCACAGAGCCUGGCGGUGGCUUGUGGGGCACUGGCUUUGUGCUUGGCACUAGCCAGGGCCACCAACCCCGGCUUCGUGGUGAGGAUCACGCAGGCAGGCUUGGACUAUGCCCAUCAGCAGGGGAUCGCUGUCCUGGAGAAGGAGCUGGCCCAGCUGAAGCUGCCAGACAUCUCAGGUGACUUUCCCAUCCGGAGAGUGGGGAAGGUGCACUAUGAGAUCUCCAGAUUGGAACUUCGCAGUUUCCACUUGCCGUACUCGCGGAUUUCCCUGGUCCCCAAGGUGGGCCUGCAGGUCUCCAUCUCCAACGCCUUCGCUGAGGUGGAUGGGAACUGGCGGGUGAAGAUACACUUCAUCCGGGACCAUGGUUCAUUUGACCUGAAGGUAGAGAACAUCUAUAUCAAAAUCAACCUGAAGCUGGGCAGUGAUGCCUCCGGAAAACCCACCAUCGACACCUCUGACUGCAGCACCCGCAUCUCCAAAGUCCGAGUACACUUUUCGGGCAAGUUUGGAUGGCUUUAUAACCUCUUCCAUAGUGUUAUUGAGGCCAGAUUCCGGAAGGCUUUGGAGAGCAAGGUCUGUGAGAACGUGGUCAGCUCUGUGCACGGAGAGCUCCAGCCUUACAUCCAGACCCUGCCAGUCACAGCCAGGAUAGAUGCCAUAGCUGGCAUUGAUUACUCCUUGGUGGCACCCCCAACUGCUACUGCCCAGUCCCUGGACGUGGACCUGAAGGGCAAAUUCUUCUCCCUGACCCACCCCUCCACCAUCCCCUUCCCUCCGCUGGCACUGGCCUUCCCUCCGGAUCACAACCGCAUGGUUUACUUUGGGGCCUCCAGCUACUUCUUCAACACGGCUGGCUUCGUCUACCACGCAGCCGGGGCGCUGGUCUUCGAAAUCACAGACUCCAUGAUCCCGAAGGGCGUUGACUUCCACUUGAACACCUCCACCUUCUCAGCCUUUGUUCCCCAGCUAGAGAAGAUGUACCCGGACAUGCUGAUGAAGCUCAGGCUGUCUGCCCCCUCCGCCCCAUUCCUGAACAUCGGACCAGAGGGGCUCUCGCUCAAGCCUGUCGUGGAUAUCCAGGCUUAUGCCAUCCUUCCCAACUCCAGCCUGGCUCCUCUCUUCCUCCUCAGCCUGACAGGCAACGUGUCCGCCGUCAUCGACGUGAAAUCCAGCCACGUAGUUGGGAACCUGAAGGUGGGCAGGAUGAAGCUCUCUCUGAAGCAUUCAGAUGUUGGCACUUUCCAGGUGCGAACACUGCAGUCCAUAAUGAACAUCUUUGCUUCCUCUAUCCUGCUCCCACGUUUUAAUGCCAGGUUAGAGCAGGGCUUCCCUCUGCCGCUGCCAGACAGAAUACAGCUCUCCAAUAUGCUUGUGCAGUUUCACCAGAAUUUCCUGCUGCUUGGAGCAGACGUUCACUAUCAGCCCCGGGGAAGGAGAUAAGAUGAUGCCAUGGACCUCAAGCACUGAAAAAGCCUCCUCCACCCGCCCCACCGAGGGGACAGCAGCUCCCCACAGCCCUUUCCCUCACCCCAGCCCCACCACCGGAGCUGAAGACCACUGCUUCUGCCGCAGUGUCCCUCACCCCCUGCCUUGGCCUGGACUGCAGCCAGGGGCAGAAGUCCCCCCCGGGCCCCAAACCCUGUGUCCCCCAGCCCACCCAGCGCUACCCAGAGCUGGGGCUCCCUGGUCCCCAAGCCCACCCUGGCCCCCUCCCGCUUCUGCCGGCAGCAAUAAAGGCGGCUGUGGUGGUGCUGUC